UAACAUCAACUGUCACCAUCAAAACCAACAAAUGUCAAAAUUCUCAGUGUAUAAGGAACUUCAAAGAAUAUACGAUGGGUGACGCGGCCAAAGGGCAAAAAAUCUUUGUACGAUCCUGCGCACAGUGUCACACGGUGGAAAAGGGUGGCAAACACAAGGUGGGACCCAACUUAAACGGGAUUUUCGGUCGAAAAAGCGGUCAGGCGCCCAAUUUCGCGUAUACGGACGCGAAUAAGAAUAAGGGAAUCACUUGGAGCGAGGACACGUUGAAUACGUACCUGACGGAUCCCAAGAAGUUUAUACCGGGAACAAAAAUGGUUUUUCCGGGACUAAAGAAGGAGCAGGAAAGGAAGGACCUGAUAGCUUAUUUAAAACAGGCGUGUGCUUGAUUUUUUUUUUUAUUAUUAAGGAUAGGUUGAGGAUUUGUUAGAGAUUAAAAUGAGAGUAAGCAGUA